AUGUUGACCCUGAUCAUUAUGAGAACCACAGGGAAUGCUGCUAUGGAUGGAUCUUCAUUGACUAGUAUCUGUAGUGAUGAUGAGCAGGAUAACUUAAAGGAUUUUAUAAAUAUUUUUAUUUAUGGCACUAAUAAUGAUAAGUGUUAUGACUAUAAAUACGGCGACAAAGAGAGGCAGUGUUUUAGUGAUGAUUGGGUGACUAAUACCCCGAACAACUCGUCCACAACUGACUACAGUUCAACACCUACAAGUCAAUACCAGUCCACACUUUACUACGGGUCCACUGCUACUACACGUCAACCCCAUCCCCAUCCGGACGACCCGAUAGAACUGGUCAUCAAAAACCUGCGCUUAUCUAUCGGUCCCUUUGAAUCGGGAGAGAAC